UGGCAGAAGAAUGAAUAAAAGGUGAACAGCAGAUAACCAGGCAGCCAAUCAGAGUCCUAGUUCGAGGCGGCCUCUGAGCGCUGAUUGGUCAACCGCUGCUCGCGCUGCUCCAUUGAUGCGUUUGCUACGCAGUCAACUACCACUCUCUCAUUCCCGGCUACAGGAGUUUUCACCACAUUCAUCUCCGUUUUUCACAGCCAGGAAUCUCUUUUCUACUCGUCUGCUUCUCUUUGAGCAUCACCAAACCGCAGCCACGAUGACGGAGACGGAGGCGUUGGAGAAGAAGCAGCAGCACAAGUCUAGCAACGGAAAUGUUCCUCCAGAAGCCGCCAGAGAAGACGUGUUUGAUCACACAUACAAAGAAAAAGAAGGGCCCAAACCUCCCUCGAGCAUCGUCUGGAGAAAUGUCGUGUUGAUGACUCUGUUGCAUAUAGGCGCCGCUUACGGCGUGGUUCUCCUCCCUUCAGCAUCUCCGUUGACCUUGCUUUGGUCCUUACUUUGUUUUUUUAUUAGUGCUUUAGGAGUUACUGCGGGAGCUCAUCGCCUGUGGAGUCACAGAUCCUACAAGGCCUCACUACCUCUAAAGAUCUUUCUUGGUCUUGCCAACUCCAUGUCAUUUCAGAAUGAUAUCUUUGAGUGGGCUCGAGACCACAGGGUUCACCACAAAUAUUCGGAGACAGAUGCUGACCCGCACAACGCCGUCCGGGGCUUCUUCUUCGCUCACAUUGGCUGGCUGAUGCUGCGCAAACACCCCGACGUCAUUGAGAAAGGAAAAAAGCUGGAACUCACUGACCUGAAGUCUGACAAAGUUGUGAUGUUUCAGAGGAAGUAUUACAAGCCGUCUGUGCUGCUCAUGUGCUUCUUCGUCCCGAUGGCCGUGCCUUGGUACAUGUGGGGGGAGUCUCUGUGGGUGGCGUACUACAUCCCCGCUCUGUUGAGGUACACCUUGGUGCUGAACGCCACCUGGCUGGUCAACAGCGCGGCUCACAUGUGGGGAAACAGGCCCUAUGACAAGACCAUCAACCCCAGGGAGAACGCGUUUGUCACAUUCAGCGCUAUAGGUGAGGGAUUUCACAACUACCACCACACGUUCCCCUACGACUAUGCAACAAGUGAGUUUGGCUGCAAGUUGAACCUUACCACUUGUUUCAUCGACGCCAUGUGCUUCUUGGGCCUGGCCAAGGACGUCAAGAGAGGGUCCCGUGAGCUGGUGCAGGCCCGGUUACAGCGCACUGGAGACGGAAGCCACCGGAGUGGCUAAGAUUGAUGAAUUGUGGUCAGCUUCGGGGGGAAAAACAAUUGAAAAGAAGAAGCUUCACAGUCUUUUGACAGCUAUACAUUUCUCAUCCACUGAGGAUAAAAGUAAUCUUCAUGAGGGCCCUGACAACAUUUUGUAGCUGUAACUAAAUCAUUUGUUCAAGCUGGAUAAAAAAACAAACCCAUUUGUGCGAAGAUGCUUUAGAUCUGAAGUAGAUACAUUUUAAAAGUCAAUUUCAUCCUUUUGCCACUUUGGUGUGCAUCCUUCAUGCAGGGUCAGUCAUGUAGCUGCUCAUGUUAUGUAAGUAUUACUUAAUUAUUCAUUAAAAUAGAUAAGAAGUGGAGCUCGGAAAAUACUGAGUAACAAUGUUUCAACUGAUAAGAUAUGAUACUUAUAGGAGACUGUUGUCGUUGCUUGUUUAUAGCCAGUUUUUACCGUUCUCAUACACGGACAAUAGACUUUUUGAGUGCUUUAAGAUCUCGGAAAGAAAAAAGGGAUGAGAGUUUGAAUGAUGUUGUUUGGCUUUAAUGAAAUAUGGCACAUGGUCGAAGAGUGAGGGAACCCAGACCUUCUUCUUAUAACCUGACUAAUGACAACAGAGUCAUGUAGCGUGUUGCAGUAUGUACCCAAAUAAGUAGACUAAACUAAAUACUAACAUUAAACGUAUUUAGUCCGUGUAGUAAAUGGAUUGAGUAUUCCCCCAGACAAUAUAGGUGAGGCAUUUAUCAUUACAUACUAAACUGCCGUUCAAGUUAUAUAUCAAGGAAUAUAUCAUAGUGCCAAGAGCGUGCCAACUGUCAACGUAUUUAUAAGCAUCUUAAUGGUCCACUAGAGAGCAUAUUUAAGUCGAUUUUGCUUCUUCACCAAACAUAAUUGUGGAAGUUUUCUAACAUUGUGGCAUCAGUGGCGUUGCUCCCUUUUUUAUCCAACAUGUCUCUAUUUUGUCCAGAAACAUCUGCAGCAGAGAUCUCAUUGGUCGAUGUAGCAGCCAGUCAUGUGACAGUUCUGGUGUUACAAAACAACAUGCCACCCAUGCAUGAUGAUUUACUGUAGUAGGUGUUGUGGUGAGGUCUUUUAUCGGUAACUUUAAUGGCAGAGCUGUGUCUAUUUUUGUAACGUACUGUGGAGCUGCAUCGCUUUUGGAUCAUCAGAACUGUAACUGUUGCCUCGGUGAUUUCUGAGACGGGGUUGGGCUUCCCUUUGAAGUCCUACAAAGCUGAUUGUCAUUGCUAAAUUUGAGGUGCAUCAAUGUUUUCUUUAAUUCUGAUGUGCGGAAUGCUUAUAUUAUCCUAUUUAUGUAUUUAUUUUAGUUUCCCCCCACCCCCCUUAUUGACUUUAAAGAAAUAUUGCUCAACCAGAUUUCUGCACUCCAACAUUUGGCAGUAAUACAAAUCAAAUUUGAGCUCCUGUGUAUUUUAUACGUCAGGAUACAACCUAAUGCCUUAUGACUUGCAUCCAUUCCUGAUCUUCUUCGCGCCAAAUCUGACCACGGUCCAUGUUUACAGGCUGAAGCACCAGAUGGAACAUUGUUUUUUAUUCUGAAAACACAUUUUAAUUUAGGAAAAUUGACCACAUCUAUUGACAAAAACAAAGUGCUUUAAAUUAAAACAAGUUCAUUUUCCAAGAAUCCAAAUGAAAACACCUGCUGCAAAAUGUUCAAUCAACAGAUUUAACCCUGAUGUGUCAACUAGUUUCAACCCAUCGGGUGCUGUCAUGAGGGAAGUUAGAGCAUCACCAGAGCACCUAACAAAACCCGACAGUAUCACAAGCAAUGCAAACAACUCCUGCUGCCCACAAUGGCAGAAUCAACAUUUGCCUAAUGACAGAAUCAAAAGGUUGUCAGUCUGAAUGAUGAUGUCAAAUCUCAAAUGUACUCUAUUCUGAAAUAAAGAAAAUCACAAUAUUUUCAUUAGACACAAUCAA